AGAGCCCGGAUCUCGUCGGGUUCCGAGUCCCCGGCGUCCCCCGCCAUCUCCAUUCUCUUCAAGGCGGAGAUUGAUUUCAAUAAGAAUAAGACACAUCAGGACAAACUUCAGCUCUUCCUGGGAAGCAGUGACCUCAUGGAAAUGCUGCCAAGUGACCAGGACACCGGGAUUCCUCUGUCGGCCCUGAGACUCCCAUCGACCGGCUCAGUUCGAUUACGUUAGUCUGGACGGGAGAGCGAGAGCGGGAGCGCUUGGGAGAAGCCUCGCCCAGCGGCGAUCGAUUAGUCAGGCCUCAGGAAGAUGGCGUCCUCGGAGCAGGCAGAGCAGCCGAACCAGCCAGGCUCUGCUCCAGGAAGUGAAAAUGCGGUGCCUCGAGAGCCGCUGAUUGCCACAGCAGUGAAGUUUCUCCAGAAUUCCCGGGUCCGCCAGAGCCCGCUUGCCACCAGGAGAGCAUUCCUUAAGAAGAAAGGACUGACGGAUGAAGAGGUCGAGCUGGCUUUCCAGCAGUCGGGCACGGCCGCCGAGGAGCCCCCGCCCUUGGGCCCGGCCGCUCAGGCGGUUCCCGCGCAGCCUCCCCACCUCGUGGCCCAGCCGCACAGCCCUGCGGGCUCCCGAUGGAGAGAUUACGGUGCCUUGACCAUCAUCAUGGCGGGAAUCGCCUUUGGCUUCCACCAGCUCUACAAGAAAUACCUGCUCCCCCUCAUCGUGGGCGGCCGAGAGGACAGGAAGCAGCUGGAGAGGAUGGAGGCGAGUCUCUCCGAGCUGAGUGGCAGCGUGGCCCAGACAGUGACGCAGUUACAGAUGACUUUAGCCUCCGUCCAGGAGCUGCUGAUUCAGCAGCAGCAGAAAGUCCAGGAGCUCGCCCACGAACUGGCCACCGCCAAGGCCACCACCUCUACCAGCUGGAUCCUGGAGUCCCAGAACAUCAAUGAACUCAAGUCGGAAAUUAACUCCUUGAAAGGGCUGCUUCUGAAUCGGAGGCAAUUCCCGCCGUCCCCGUCGGCCCCGAAGAUCCCCUCGUGGCAGAUCCCCGUCAAGUCGCCGUCGCCCUCCAGCCCCGCGGCCGUGAACCACCACAGCAGCAGCGACAUCUCGCCGGUCAGCAACGAGUCCACGUCGUCGUCGCCCGUGAAGGAGGGCCACAGCCCCGAAGGUGCCACCGCGGCCUACCACCUGCUGGGCCCCCAGGAGGAGGGAGAGGGGGUGGUGGACGUCAAGGGCCAGGUGAGGAUGGAGGUGCAGGGCGAGGAGGAGAAGAGGGAGGAUGAGGAGGACGAGGAUAUGAGCCACGUGGACGAGGAGGACCGCCUGGGGGUGCAGCGGGAGGACCGCCGGGGCGGGGACGGGCAGAUCAACGAGCAGGUGGAGAAGCUGCGGCGGCCCGAGGGUGCGAGCAACGAGAGCGAGCGGGACUAGGCCGCGGCCCCCAGCGCGGGCGCCUGCUGGGGGCGGAGCCGCCGCCUGGGCCCCUGCCCCACGCCCGUCCUCCGCGCGGCCCGGCUUGCGUUCCGCCCACCCAGCUCCUCUCGGCCGCCCGAGUGCAGCCCUGCGCCUGCGCGCCGACGCCCCCUCGACCUGUUCCGCGUCGGCCGAGGGCGCCCAAGUCUCGGAGUCGCGUGCUGUCGGCCGUGUCUCCGGGCAGAUGUGCGCCGGGCGUGUCUGCUGAGCGUCUGGGCUAACUCACCACCGUGCAUGGCGAGCGGCAGCUUAGUCACCUGCUCCUGACCCCAGCGAGGACGUGCUGCAGCGGCCGUGCCUGCCGUCCCGUCCCUCCCCGCCGCCCUCCCCGCUCCUCUCGGCGGGACCAGC